AUGGCACCUCCGAGCGGAGCGGCUGCGUACAAGAAGACGGACGGCUCCUUGACCAUAUCGGCUGAUGAGUAUUCUGUAACAUGGACGCCGCAGGCGGCUGGUGCGGUGCAGCCGAUCACUAUUCAUGUGGCCAAUAUUUCCAAUUUGCAGCAGACACCAGCUUCCAAACCGAAGGUUAUGCUGAAGAUCUUUGCUCGCGCCCCGGAUUCUCCUGCCGAUGCUACACCCGAAGCAUAUGUUUUCCAGUUUACCGGUGGGGCGGAUGCCCGCCCGCAAGCUGAUGCGAUUAAGGAAACACUCAGUGCCCGGAUAAAUACGUUGAGAUCGCAGACGCCAUCGCAGACGCCGGGACCGACGCCGGGUGGGGGUGGUGGAGAGGGCGUGUCGGCGGCGAUGGCAAUCGCGAAUGCCGUCACGUCGGCGGGGACCUCGAAGAAUCCACUAGACGACGAGAACAAGCUCCGAACGAACGGCGAGCUACAGCAGUCAUUGCUGAAAGCGGAUUCAAAUCUCCGUCGCAUGUUCACCGAGGGAUUGAAUACCAAACCUGAUGCGUUAUCGUCUGGUCAGUUCAUGUCACAGUUCUGGUCGACGCGGCUGCAUCUGCUGCGCGCGCAUGCUAUUGAGCAGAGCCAGAUGCGCGGAUCUUAUAAUGUGCUUUCAUCGCUGAAGCCAAGGGUUGAGGGGGAUAAUGUUACCCGGAUGAAUAUUAGCAAGGAACAGAUUGCGCUUAUCUUCUCGCAGCAUCCGCUUGUUAAGCGGGUCUAUGAUGAGAUUGUUCCGAAGCUCAAUGAGCAGCAGUUUUGGUCAAGGUUUUUUCAGAGUCGGCUUUUCAAAAAGCUUCGCGGAGAGCGCAUUUCUGAUGCUGAUGCUACUGAUGCUAUUCUCGAUAAGUAUCUGAAGACGGACGAGUCUGCUGGGCCUGGGCGUGAUGGGGGUAUUCAUCAUUUCCUGGACCUUGCUGGUAAUGAGGGCAAUCAUAGCCAGCGGCGUGGCAAUCGACCUGAUCUUGAUAUGAGACCGUCGGGUGUGGAUAAGGUGCCUAUCAUCCGGACGUUGAAUAGCCUGAGUGAGAAGAUCAUGGCCAAUGUAGCACCAUCCGAUGGUGACAUGAGUGCGCCGGUUGGGAUGAAUGAAGAGGCGUGGAAGAAGCUCCAGCUGCAGGAUCUCCGUGGAGAUGAAGAGCAGAGCAGGAUUACAUUGAACAUCCGCGAUCAGAGUCGAUUCUUCUCCAAUACACAAGAAGAAGACAAGAGCAAGCAGUUUGCCCAACAAGACCCGGACCAGCUCUUACAGACUCUUCGUAUGGAGAUCGCUCAAGAUCUCCCAGUACAAGGAAACACUCAACUGCGCAAACUGGUGGACCCCGGCGAUGAUGAAGAUGAAGAAAUGGAAGAUGCACCCGCUACCCAACGGCCGGUAGGCUCCUCCGCCGCCCUCCACGACUCCUUCGCGCAAAUCCUGGAAGCCGUGCGCGAUCGACGCGCCCAGCUAAACGAACAAUCAACAUCAGAGACCUUCGGCCUCUCAAUAGCCCUCUUUGACCGGCUAACCCUGACACACGCCACAACCACAGAAUUCCUACACCAAUUCUGGCAGGCAUACCUAUCAGGCAACCCAGACCGCGCGGGCGAAAUCGCAUCUCUAGCUGAAUCUCUCCAGCGAGCAUCAGAGCGAAUCAAAGCCGUUGCAAAUGACGCAGAAGCCGAUCGCAAGAUCGAAGUCGACAAGUUAAGGCAGCAUGCGCGCGAGGUAUUCGAGCGUACUCAGCGCAAGAUCCGGCCGAACCUUGAGGCUGUACAGGGUGGUCAGAAGGUCGUUAACCAACUCCUUGGUCCGACGCUGCAUGCGCUGGAUGUUGCGUUGAAUAAGUACCAGGAGGAAUUGGCCGAGCAGAAUAAAGAGGCGGCUGCCAUGCCUGCGUAG